AUGGAAAUCAUCAUAAACCAACGCAUGAAGUGGUACUUGGAAAGUAACAAUAUCUUGGCCCACCAACAGGCUGGCUUCAGGUCAUUCCGGUCAACAGAGGAUCAAACAACAUACCUUGCACAAGAAAUCGAAAAUGCCUUUCAGGCAAAAAUGGUUACUCUAGUGACAUGGGUAGACCUUCAGAGAGCAUUUGACAAGGUACGGGUGGAUGGUCUUCUGAUGAAACUACAGAGGAAUGGUGUUGGAGGCACCAUGUACAGAUGGAUAAAGUCCUAUCUCUUCAACCGAAGGGCUAGAGUGAACCUUGAUGGAACCUCUAGUCAUAAGUUUCUGCAGAGAAAUUGA